AUGGGAUCUAAGAUGGCCCUGAGCUUCGCCUCCUUGUACUGCGGCCUCUUCGAACAGCAAUACAUCUGGGAUGAAUGCAACCCUCAUCUUCAACACAUCACUAACUGGAAACGCUACAUCGACGACGUGUUCUUUAUUUGGCAAGGUGUACAGGGCGACACCAGCAUUGGCAGCAGCAGCAGCAGCACCAGCCAAGGGUUAAUGCAUUGUGGAAAACAUGAAACAUUGUUCUGUGGACCCCACAACCACAAAGUAGCUUGGCCAAAGCUUUCACCUGACCACAUCUGUUGUGGCAACCAGACGUACAACAAAUCAAAGCAGUGCUGCUGUUUUCAUAGACCCCUAAUGGACAUGGGCUGCAAAACACACCCUCGAGUGGAGCCUCUACCAUUGGAUGUGAGGAGAAGGAGGAGGAGUGUGGUGGAGGAGGCUCGUUGUGGCCUGGCGAGGUACAACACUGUCACCCACAUCUGCUGUGUAGACCAGCUGUUCCAAAGGCCCACGAAUGGCCAAACUGAGUGUUGUGGCAGAGUGCAAUACAGCAACGUGACACAUCGCUGCUGCAACGGAGUGCUCCAUGAAGCUGCGGACAGCCCCCUCGGCUGCACCCGCCACCAGCCUCUCCGCCACACGUCGGCCCAAAGCGGACCUUGCAGCGGCACCAGUAGUGGCAGCAGCAUGCACCGUCCUCAUGGCGCACAUUGCUGUGGGCAGCACGAAUACGACCCCGUCGAGCAAAUCUGCUGCAGUGGAUGCAGUCACAGGAGAUCACCUGCGACAUCUUGCUGCGGCGCUGAUGCCUUCAGCCCUUGGAGCGAUCUGACAACAUCAUCCUGCUCCAGAGCCACCCGGGCGAUGCAGAGAUCUCCCACGGCCUCUGCGGAAUGUGACUCAGGAUUCCAGCGGCGUCUUUUGAACCACUGGAAGAAAGAAGAUGUGUGCUGCCAAGUGUUUUUGGGGACGGUGGAAAGUGUGGCCAAAACAACUCAGGAGCUGACCAUUGUCAUGGCGCAUAUCCUGAGGGUCAGCCAAAGUUCCCAGGUGACCUCGGAGCCCCAUCCGCGACCCCUGAGGAUGUCUCUUCACUGUGACCCGACUCCCAUGCGGCCAGGCGAGGCGUACCUGUGGACGGAGGGGGACAACUGUCCAGCCAGGCUGGUCUCCAACAUCACUGGGCUAUCGUCCCCUGUGCACGCCCUGCUGUCCCGAAGGCAGAGCCUCAAUUGCGCCUCCGAGGAGGACAUUUCUUGAAUGUGGCACCGCACUCAUACAUGAUGUCCUGGCCUUGUCCGUCCGUAAAGCUCCGUUCAAUUCACGUUUCCCACCAGGUUCAGUCUGGGUUGGGUCCUGAGUUGCCAAACAACCACCCAGUCAGUGAACUGAGGAGGGACGGGGUGGGGAUGGCGCAUUACAUGUUGCAUGUCACAAUCAAACAUUAUUCAUUAGGUAAAAUCAGAUGCCAGGUCAGGCUACAUCCAUUAUGGACUGUGAAACGAUUUAAGAGUCUGCCAAGUGGAGCCCUAAUAACUAUUAUUAUGACUCAGGUAUAGUGCAGUUUUUUACUGUCACCAUUUAAGCACAAUUUAAGGCAUUUGCAGACAACUGGUGCGCAUCGCAGGCGGUGCUCGUAAAAACUACAUACUGUACACGUAUAAUGCUCAGGUUUAAUUUUAAGGUUUUUUUCACUUUUUAUAUUUUAUCAAAUGCAAGUAGAUUGUGGGUUAUCAAGUUACUGUACCUUUUUAUAAAACUAUUUGAUGGGUUUUGUUGUUGUGAAAUGGUGCUAAGUAGGCUAUUUUGACAGAACAACUUUGAGCCAUGCAUGCCAAACGAUUUUAAUGUACAUGAGUAUUGUAACUAUACAAAUGUUACUUGCCUAAUGCAUGCCUUUUAUUAGAUGCCCUAUACUAUGUAGAAGAGCUAAAUGUUAUACUGCACAAACCCAUACUAACUAUAUGCAUAUAGGCUAGGCUACCGUGUAUUGACAAGAUUUAUGGCAGUUAACGAUGAAUUGAAGAGAUCAAAUAUGUUACAGACAUAACGAAAAGGUGUCCAGCCAUGAAAUGCAGGUUGUUUAUAUUAAUGUUGUGUAUGUAUUUUGAAGCAGGCUUGGUUGAAGGAAAGGUGAACUUUAUAUUGUUUAGCAGAUGAAAUGCAAUCCAAAGCAACUUUAGAAAGUAUUGUGUUUAAAUACAUCUAGACAUGUCAAAAUCACAGUUCCAUCCCAUUGGUCUGACAGUCCAUUAGUCAGACAUCCCGACCACAGUCCGACCACACACGUUAAAACUAUGCCCAAAUCAAACAAUUCCUAACCCUAACCAUUAGGACCACGUGUUGAUCUGACUGACAAGCUGCCAAAGAACUGAAUUUUUGCCGAAAGGCAAAUGUAGUUAAUCCCCUUUUGCGUGUCUUGUGGUGUGGUUUGAUAAAGGUGAUUAGAUGAUAGUUCACGAAGAAUUCGGGAUGAAGUCAGAGAUUGCACCUGAGGAUGAUAUUAGGUCCUACAAUAAUUGUUAAGCUAUCCAACCUCACAAGGAAGCUAAAGUGAAGUUAAAGCUAAAUACAGUAUGAAGCUAAAACAGUUUGAGGGCUAAAUCAGAGAUUCUAAGAGUGUGUUAUCUGGCUGGGUAGAUUCAGCUUUUACUUUCAUUUUACAUUAUGUUACAUUUGAGCUGAUUUUUUUUAUUAUUAUUUAUAAGCAUGUGUAAUGCAUAAUAAGCUUCUUCUUUUAGGAUAUGCCUAUGUUUUUUUAACAGAGUUAUCAGCAAAAGUCAUGCUAUUUCUGACAGAAGUCAUAUGGGUCAGACAUCAUAAGGGACAACACACUGCAAAUAUCAUCCCAAAGUUAUGUAACAUCAGCACAAACAACACGGCAAUAACAUGAAAAUGUGCAACAUGAAAAAAGAUGCCUCAUGUUUGGGUACUGACAAGAGUGUGGGUCUAACUGUUUUGCUCCCACAUUAUAGACUGUACGGACUGCAGAAUGUAAGA